ACAAGACUUGACCCGGGAGCUCCGCCCUCGACAAGCAGAAGCAACGGAGCCCGUGUUUGCUUUGGAGUCAGACUUGUGCACACUUGAGACCGGGACCUGCUGCAUCAGCCAUGGGGCACAAAUUCAUGGAGAAAGUGUCUUCGUUCCUGUUUGAAUAUGACACCCCCAGGAUGGUGCUGGUGCGGAACAAGAAGGUGGGACUCACCUUCCGGCUCAUCCAGCUCGUGGUCCUCGGAUACAUCAUUGGGUGGGUUUUCCUGUACGAGAAGGGUUAUCAGUCCCGGGAUGGCAUCAUCAGCUCAGUGUCAGUGAAACUCAAAGGUUUAGCUCUCACUAAUAUAAGUGGGAUGGGCCCGCACAUCUGGGAUGUGGCCGACUAUGUUUUUCCACCUCAGGGGGACAGUUCUUUUGUGGUGAUGACUAACUUCAUUAUCACACAUGGACAGAAACAAGAUACGUGCCCUGAGCUGCCACAUGCGGGACGUUGCCGUUCUGAUAGUGACUGCCCCAAAGGGGAGUACAAACGUAAGGGACAAGGUAUCAUGACUGGGAAGUGCAUAGAUUUCAACAGUACUGUCAAGACCUGUGAGAUAUUUGGCUGGUGCCCUUUAGAAGUAGACGAUCAUGUUCCCGACCCUGCACUGCUCAUAGCAGCUGAAAAUUUCACCUUGUUUAUUAAGAACAGCAUCACCUUCCCCAGGUUUAAAGUCUCCAGACGCAACCUUGUUGAAGCGGUUGACAAUAACUAUAUGAAAAACUGCAUCUAUCACAAAGUCGACCAUCCGUUAUGUCCCCUGUUUGAGCUGGGAUACAUAGUAAAAGAAUCAGGUCAAAGUUUCACAACAUUGGCCCAUGAGGGUGGGGCUGUCGGCAUCACCAUAGAUUGGAACUGUGACCUUGACUGGCCUGCAACUUACUGUAAACCCAUUUAUGAGUUUCAUGGACUUUAUAAUAGUGACACAAAUGUUUCACCAGGCUUCAACUUCAGGUAUGCCAAAUACUACAGUGACGGUGGAAUCAAUCGGAGGAAUUUGUACAAAGUGUUUGGGAUCCGGUUUGACAUUCUGGUCAACGGAAAGGCAGGUAAAUUUGACAUUAUCCCAACGAUGACCACAAUCGGCUCUGGAAUUGGCAUUUUUGGAGUGGCAUCUGUGCUCUGUGACCUGCUCCUGCUGCACUUUCUUUCACAACGGGAUUACUACAAACAGAAGAAGUUUAAAUAUGCAGAACAGGAGCUUCAGUUACCUAAAAAAGAAGAGUUUGGCCCUUCCUCCAAAUGCAUGAACUUGGAGACCAAGAGCAGUUCUCAGUAAGAGGAUCCACACUGAAAGAAGACCCUAUAUCUUCCUCCUCUGCCCUCUGUAAUGUGUUGCAAAUGCCCUGAGUUCAUCAGGCCAUCCCAGACCAAACCAACUGCACUCACCAUUCUGCAUCUUAAACUGAGAUGAAAAACCUCUUCUGUGUUUAAGCAAACUGUGGUUUGCAAGAAACCACAUACCUUUGCAAGGCCACCUGCCCAGUUUUCAGAGGCUGAAUGGCUGCAUUGCAGCUCAGGGGUUAGAGUGUGACUUGUAUAUCACAUAUCCUUGAAUGUAUCUCUUACUGGAGGUAUUUUUAACUCCUGAAGUUGCUAGAUAGUUGCAAGUAACCUGCAGGCAAUCAACAGCAUCAUUAAAGUUACCAUCGCAUGGGAGGGAAACUUCCAUUGUUGCCUUUUUCUUUGACCCCUGUGUGCUGGCACUUUUGGGGUCAAAUACAACAGACAGAGCCAGAGAUGGAGAGAGAUUAGGUCCCAACUGUACUAGUUUUAUCACCACCCUGAUCUCUAGUCAGGAAUCUGCAGCACCUGAAUUCACAUGACAAGACGUGACAGUAGAGUGUAACACAGUGGUCCCCACCCGUUCUCUAGCCCAUGCACAACAACAGCUAAAGCACUGUGGGAGUUAUUGUCCUUUGUUUUCCCUGUCAACCUCAGUUUUAAUGUUCUGAUUUCCUAUGACUGCCAGCACUAUUAGAAGGUUUUGCAGGGAAACGACUAUCUGAGAGCCAUGGGCUGGGGAUUUUUGUCAAAUGAGAUCACAGUAAAGCGUGAAGGUGUGGUUACAUGUUACAAUUAGCACACACAAACUCUCGGGAAUGUUAGGUCGUGUUAAAGUUAGCACGUGCUGUGAGCGGUUGCACAUUAAGGAUUAAUACCCUCUCUAAUGUGCACAUCUCUGAUCCACUGCUAGAAAGCUGGUGAACUGGAGUUCAACAGCCUGCCCUGCUUGCCGGCUCUCUAGCAGCAGUAUAGGCUCCAAGACAGGGGCGGGCAAUUAUUUUGGGCAGAGGGCUGCUUACUGAGCAAGCCAUCGAGGGCUGCAUUGACAGGCAGCUCAGGGCAGAUUAAUAUUAAUUUUCUCAAUUUUUUAGGGGCUCCGCGGGCCGGGUAGAAUGGCUUGGCGGGCUGCAUCCGGCCCCUGGGCUGCAUUUUGCCUACCCUUGCUCUAAGAUCAGGCCCCUGCCAGCCCAGAUCAGACCCCAGCUCCUCACUCUCCCGUGGUUCUCAGUUCUCUACUCAUCUGCCUGCAGCUCCAUGGAGGGGAAAGGUGGGGGUGGGUGGGCAAGCAGCUGUUGGGCAGCUGUGGGGCCCAGUGGGAUCAGCAUGUGCCUGAACUGGGCAUACAAGAAGCUGUUCACAGCAGCUUUCUGCCCCCCUCCCAGGCCUACCUCUCCUCCCCUUCUUCAGCCACUCAGCAGCUCCUCUUCCUUUUUUUCCAGUGCCCCCUCCCACUUGUUCUCUCCAUGACCCCCUCCCCUUGCCCCCUUUCACCCCCUCCCCACUCCGAUGCUGCCUGGCUGUCCCCAGCUGUCAGCCCAGGGUAGUAGAGUCCCAGAGGAUUGCUAGUCCAUGCUGGGAGUGGUACCUACUGGAUGCAGAAGGACUGCAAAUCAGUUGUUUUAUCUCCAUGAAGCAGCCAAAAGUUAAGGUAAAUUUGAGCUACAUAGCAGGGCUCAAAGAUGAUCCUCACCAGAAGUGGCGUAACUUUAAGAGGCCUAGAGGGCACUUAACACUUGUUAAUGAGACUUAAUGUGCGGGUGCUCCAGUUUGAAGUGCCCUUGAUAUGGUCUAAUUGUAAUGUGUAGCCUCACCCUCAGUGCUGAGGUCUGGGCUUUCUGAGAUCCGACUAGGAAAUGCACAGUGCCCAUUUAAAGCAAUACUCUGGAUUAGCCUGAUAUGCAGUGACUUUAUCCCUUGCUUGGGCUAUUGCAGGGUAGGGAAGCACCUAUUCCUACACAAGACCACACUGUUCCC